AUGAAAAGAUUUUUAGAAAGCGAAAGCACAAAUACUAAAAAACAGAAAACACAGGCGAAUCGUAAAUAUGACGAUAGUUACUUACAAUUUGGAUUCGUUGUAAAAUUUGGUUCUGAAAAUUCUACUCCGUUACCUCAAUGUGUAAUUUGUCAAGAAACACUUUCAAAUCAAAGCAUGAAGCCAUCGCUACUUAAGCGCCACCAAUUAUCGAAGCAUCCAGAAACAGAAAAUAAUCCCAUUGAAUUUUUUCAGAGAAAAUUAACUGCAUUCCGAAAGGAAUCGAAAUGCAUGUCUAGUUUUACAAACUUUAAUGAAAAUAUCGUUAAAGCAUCUUAUUUAGCGAGUUUAAUUAUUGCUAAAAAUGGAAAACCACACACAAUUGGGGAAACACUAGUGUUGCCAGCAGCAAAAGAAAUCGUGCGAUGUGUUCUUGGAGACAAGGCUGCAAAAGAGAUUGAAAAAGUGUCACUUUCAAACGAUACUGUCAAAAGAAGAAUUGAUGACAUGUCGUCAAAUAUAAAAAAUAAAUUAUUGCUUUAUUUGAAAGAUUGUAAUUUCUUUGCUCUACAAAUUGAUGAGAGUACUGAUAUUACUAACAUGGCUCAAUUAAUGGUAUUUAUACGUUUUGAUCGCAAUGAUGAAAUUAUUGAAGAGUUUUUGUUUUGUAAGCCUUUACAAACCCACACAACAUCUGAAAUUAUUUUUACCACCAUUAAUGAAUAUUUGAUUGAAAUAAAUCUGCCGUGGAGUAAAUGUGUGGGUUUUUGUUCUGAUGGAGCAAGGGCAAUGACUGGAAGGCUGAGCGGAGUUGCAACAAGAAUAAAAAAAGUUGCCCCAUUAUGUAAAACUAUGCAUUGCAUGAUUCACCGGCAAGCAUUAGCAUCUAAAAACAUGCCUAAAAGUUUAAAAUUAGUUCUUGAUAGUGCUGUAAAAAUCGUAAAUCUAAUCAAAGCCAGACCUCUCAAUUCAAGACUAUUCACAGUAUUAUGUAAUGAAAUGGGCAGUACUCAUAAAUCCCUUCUUCUCCACACAGAGGUAAGGUGGCUUUCACGAGGAAAAGUCCUCACCAGGCUAUUCGAGCUAAGGUCAGAAAUUUUAUUACUUCUGACUGAUAUUGAUGAAGAAAAGUCCAAAUUGUUUUGUGAUGACGAAUGGCUGUCAAGACUAGCUUACAUGGCUGACAUAUUUGAUCGUUUAAAUAUUUUAAAUUUAAGUCUGCAAGGUUCAAACACAAACAUGUUUUAUGCUAGUGAUAAAGUUAAUGCAUUUGUGAGAAAAUUGGAUUUAUUUAUUUCUCAAGUAUCUAAGAAUGAUCUUUCAGCAUUCGAGACACUAAACACAUUUUGGAAAAAUAACGAAAUUCAGCCAAAUUCAAAUAUAAUUACAGACAUUUCGGAACACCUGCAAUUACUAAAAUCCAAUAUUUUACAAUAUUUUCCAGAGGAUAACUCAGAAAUGAAAUGGAUCAUAAACCCUUUCGAAGAUGAUUAUAUUAAAAACAUUCCAGAAGGUAUUUUGGCAAAAGAAUUAUUUAUUGACUUAACCAGUGACUCUACCCUAAAAACCGCUUUCAAAACCAAAAAUAUCACUAAUUUUUGGCUGGACGUGAAACAAGAAUACUCGGCAUUGUCCACACAAGCUUUACAAAGUAGAUUAAACGUAGAAAAUAAUUUAAGACUUCAAGUUAGCAAUUUGGAGCCCGAUAUUGACGUCAUUGUCCGUUCAAAACAACAGCAAUCGUCUCAUUGA